UCAAAUCUGAUGUAGAAGAGCCCUUAGACGCCACCAUGGCCAGAUUUCUUACCGGGCUCAACCGGGACAUACAAGACCGCAUGGAGCUGGAAGACUAUGACAGCAUGGAGCAGAUGCUACACAAGGCUGUGCUGAUCGAGCAACAAGUCAAGAGAAAGGGUCUCACUAAAUCGACCUUUGCUUCUAAACCGACCUUUGCUUCCAAGCCAAACUAUCAAGACAAGGGUAAGUCUUCUUCCACAACAAAUACAGCUUUUAAGACUAAUGUCCCUGCUCGUGUUGAUAGAGAAAAGAAAGAAGAGGCUACCAAACGAACCAGAGACAUCCAAUUCUUUAGGUGUCAUGGCCUUGGCCACUAUGCCAACCGAUGUCCAAACCAAAAGGUGAUGGUGCUCUUGGAAAAUGGAGAAGUCGAAUCUGAAGAAGACAAGGAGGAUCUCGGACCAGUGUAUGAUGAUGAUGAUGAGGAAGAAGCACUUGACUUCCCAGUUCAUGGUCCCCUUAUUGUUACUAGGAGGGUCUUGGACGACGCCACUGAUCCCAUCUUUGAUGAGGAGGUCGAUGGAGUGAUCGAUGAGUUUUGCUCGACCUUUGUGGAGAGUUCUGAUCCGAUCUAUGAUGAGGAUGUUCUUGAUGAGCCGAGCCAUGGUUCACUACUGGUUACUAGGCGUGCCUUGAGUGUCCAACCAAAAUCCAAUGACAAAGAACAAAGGGAGAAUCUCUUUCACUCUAGAUGUCUAAUUUCUUAUAAAGUUUGUUCUUUAAUCAUUGAUGGAAGUAGUUGCACUAAUGUGGCUAGUGACCCCCUUGUAAAGAAACUUGGGCUUGUUACUCGGCCUCUUUCUCGUCCUUUCAGGUUGGAGUGGCUCAAUGAGGCCGGAGAAAAGUAUGUGAAGCAGCAAGUCACGGUUCCACUCUCCAUUGGCCGAUAUGAGGAUGAGGUUGUGUGCAAUGUACUUCCCAUGGAUGCUUGCCAUGUUCUCUUGGGCCGGCCUUGGCAAUUUGACAAGAAGGCAGUGCAUGAUGGUUUCACAAACCGGCACUCAUUUGAUCAUAAGGGAAAGAAGAUCACCUUGGUGCCUUUGCCGCCUUCGGAAGUCCAUCAAGACCAGGUCCAACUUAAGAAGAACCGAGACCAAGACUCUAAAGCUGAUAAACCUGAGACCAGUACCAGAAACUCCAACUUCUUUGUCAAAGAAAGUCAGGUAAGGAAGUCUCUUUGCUCUCAAAACCCAUUUCUCUUACUGAUUUAUAAAGAGUGUCUCUUGGCCUCAUCUUCUUCUGACCUUGCACCGGAGAUUCCGAGUGAGUUUUUAGGUAUCUUGCAGGAUUAUUCUGAUGUGUUUCCAGAAGAAAAUCCCAAAGGAUUGCCACCGGUGAGAGGCAUUGAGCAUCAGAUCGAUCUCGUCCCGGGCGCCUCUCUACCGAACCGACCAGCGUACCGCACCAAUCCGGUCGAGACCAAGGAGCUGGAGAAACAGAUCAACGACUUGCUUGAGAAGGGAUACAUCAGAGAGAGUCUCAGUCCCUGUGCCGUGCCUGUUCUACUUGUACCAAAGAAGGAUGGCUCCUGGAGGAUGUGUGUUGACUGCCGGGCAAUAAACAACAUCACGGUAAAGUAUCGACAUCCUAUCCCUCGUCUUGAUGCUAUGCUUGAUGAACUACAUGGUUCUAAGUACUUUUCUAAGAUAGAUUUGAGAAGUGGCUAUCAUCAGAUUAGGAUGAAAGAAGGUGAUGAAUGGAAAACGGCCUUUAAAACAAAACUAGGAUUGUAUGAGUGGCUUGUCAUGCCCUUUGGUCUCACUAAUGUACCUAGUACUUUCAUGCGCCUAAUGAAUCAUGUCUUGAGGUCUUUUAUUGGUCAUUUUGUUGUGGUUUACUUUGAUGACAUUCUUAUUUACAGCAAAAGCCUUGAUGAGCACAAACAGCACUUGAAAUCUGUUCUUGAAGUCCUUAGAAAUGAACGUUUAUUUGCUAACCUUGGAAAGUGUUCUUUUGGCACAGAUCAUGUGGUCUUUCUAGGUUUUGUUGUAGGUGCAGAUGGCUUGAGAGUGGACGAGCAGAAGGUCCAAGCAAUCCGGGACUGGCCGAUUCCGACCACCAUUGGUGAAGUAAGAAGCUUCCAUGGCCUUGCCGGCUUCUAUAGGCGAUUUGUUCAAAACUUCAGUACCUUGGCCGCUCCUCUUACUGAAGUAAUCAAGAAGAACGUGGGGUUCAAAUGGGAUGGCAAGAGGAAGGUGGACACGAUCAAGAAGCUGCAUGAACAGGUCCGUGCCAACAUUGAAGCCAAGACCGAGGGCUACAAACGACUUGCAGACAAAAAAAGGAAAGAAGUGAUCUUCCAGGAAGGUGAUCUUGUUUGGGUCCACAUGAGGAAGGAACGAUUCCCGGAACAAAGGAAGUCCAAACUCAUGCCCAUUCCAGAUUCUUAG